AAUAAUGAUAGAUAGAAAGUGACGCGUCUCAUGGCUCACUUGUCUAAAUAUUUACGUUCGUGAGGAUCCAGAAGGAAAUCCAGAGAUAAGGAUUAAUGCUAGUGGAUGUGUGUUAUUAGAAGUGUAUUAGCUCUCAACCACGCCGCUGAGGAGUGAGUCAUGUUAUCCAUGCUAGGCCUGAGUAAGACGGGGUCAUUGUUAGAGGCACCCCGGCCAGCAGGAGGUGUACUGCCCCACCAGGAGGACGAGGCCUUAACUAAUCUGUGGCUUGAAAUUACCAAGGCAGAGGCAGGAUGUUGCAAAGUGAUGAAUGAGGUGCGCAAUUAUAGGGAAGCAAUGAGAGCCAUCCAGGAAGCUGAGGAGAAACUAAUCAAGGACCUGGGAUCCUCUGGUCUGACUGCAGUCUUCCCUGAACUGCGCCAAACAACAGAUGAAUACUUGUCAGUAGUGGUGGAGAUGAAACCCAAGACAGAGGAGGUGUCCGGAGCACUGCAUCAGACACUCGGUGAGCCGGUGAAGCAGUACCAUGCCUUAUAUGAACACCUUGAUGCUCUUCGCCGCCGCCGAGAUGCCCAGUUGGCUGUGGUGUCCAAGUAUCAGGACAAGCUGGACCGCUUCAAGCUCAAGGGCAAGCGGACGACUGACGUGAUGGUGGAGCGGGAUGGAGCCUUGCGCACACUGCGGGAACUCAACACUCAGCUGCUCAGUGAAGCCAGAAAAUUCCACCAAAUGCGCCACUCCUACCUCCAGCCGUGCAUUGAGGCGUACAUUCAGACUCAGGUGGACUUCUAUGGCACUGCAAACUCACACUUCACCAAUCAGAUUCAAGUGAGCCGUGGUGCCCACCAGAUUCCCGAUAACCAGUAUGAGGCCAUGAUGAACGACUCCUUCAACAAGAUCAAAGCCCUCAAGAUUGUGGCCACCUGAGUCUGUUAAGCUGCUCUUGAGGAGGAGGGAGGGGAGGAGAGCCAGGAGGAUGGAAAGAAGAGAGACAGGGAGAGUCUGACUAGAUGCUCCACUGUAUUCUGGGUCCUGAUGGAUUGCCUGGUAACCCACACUAUGAGAACCACCAAUUCGGGGCAACUCGUUGUUAAAGUCAUCGUCUGAGCCGUCUGGGGGAAAGGCAGUCAUUAGCAAUCACUUUUAGGGCAGGAGUAGCAGCAGCAACAGAGCCAGAUAUAGUUACCCCUGCUGCUGCUGCUGCUGCCAUAGCUUUUGCCUCUCACAAAGAUGAAGUGAAUCAGUAAUUACAGUGGAUUAGUGUAUUUAUUGUUUUAAGUUGUUAGUGUGUUCAUGAGUUUGAUUAAACCUCCCAGUAAGUGUUAUUACACAUCAUGAGUAACUGUUAUCUUUUCUACCACUACAAUUACUAUAAAAGAAAAUAUAUAUAAGUAAUGUUUACAUUGCUACAGAAGAACUAAAUACUAUUAUACUCAUUGCCAGUUAGUGAUUAUUUACUUUAAGUGAAAACAAAUAUAUAUAUUUAUAUUAAAUAUCUUUUGAUUAAUUGAUUUGUGACAAAGUUUUAAUACAUGAAUAAAAAUAUGAAAGAU